GCCGGUCUGUAUCGGCUGCAGAGUGAGUCCUGCGGCGCACGCCCCCACCUGCUGCACGGACAGGAGUUCUGCAAUUCCUGUCGGGCGCUUGCCUGCGACAGCAAGUUUGCAGACGGUGUGGCGACCUGGAGCUUCCUUUUCGACAUCAUCCAGCUCUUGCGCUGCGUCUACAGCGGUAUGGACAGGCAGCGGAGGCUGCUGCUUGGAGACGUCCUGCAAGUAGACUACCGGCGAAGUAUGGAGCGACAGUUCGACAUCUCCUUCGACCAGCUUCCUGACAUGGAUUAUCGUGCCCUGCGCAACCUGGUUCACAAAGCAAUCGGGUCUGUGAACCAUGCCUACCGCAAUGAGGCUGCCAGAGCGUACUUGGAGAGUCAUUACGACUGGCUGCCCCGUCUCCAGACAAAGCCCGCGUGUGGCGAGGUCUCCAUCAGAAGGCUGCAUGAUCACCUGGACUUCCUGGCCGGAAAGGAGCAUUGCACCGGCUUCCAGGUCACCUUGAGCCAGCAGGUGCAGCAACAACGUGUGGGCGCCAAAGCCAUCGCCCAGAAUCUCAUGAGCUGCUUGGCAAAUCGUUGCCGGAAUGCCAAGAAGCUCACCACGCGCAACGAAGCAUCCAUGGCCGACAUAGGCUUCUUUCUGGCGUCCCUGAGCUCCACGAGUGCGCUCAUGGAGGCAUUUGGGUUGAAUGCCAAGGUCAUUCCACGCUCGCCGACCGACUACCCGGGGCUGCCGAGCUUUUUUUCCCCGAGCGACGAGGAGCCUGACGAAGUGGGCAAGCGCUGCGAGUUGUACCACAGCGUGAAGGACGCGCUGACGCUAGUGAGAGGCUCAAGCUCUGGUGGUCGCAACUUGGUCCUGGCUUUCGACGAAACCGUCACUUUUCCAGGGUAUGCGAUGCUUAGUGACGCACGCGGCGCGUUCUACAUCGGAGGAGCAGAUGGCAAGGCACGGCUCAGUGUGGAUGACGUGCAGCCCCGUGACCUGCGCAAGUCGGACCUUGCGCAAACCACGAUGUUCUACCUUCUGCGCCCCGGCU